UAUUUUAAGUGAUAAAGUGUCUUGUGACACGAUAGUUGCGUUGUGUACAACCGCGAUCAAAAAUGUUGUAAUCUUUGUUUCGCGAGCGGACUUCGGAACGAUCUAAACACUUGUAAGUAUAGAAUCGCAUCGUAUAUUUUUUCCGAGAUCGGACCAACCUAGCUUUAACGUCGUCAGUAAAUGUUUACAUUCCCGAUUCGUCGUUGACGCGUCAUCGGAGCACCAGAACUUAGAUGCAGUAAUGGGUAAUGCGGGCAGUAACCAGCCUGUUGGUCAUCAUCAUGGCUCUACAGUGAGCAGAGAGCACCGGCAUAGCAAGGAUCAUCCUCCAUCCUCUCCAGGAAAGGAAGGCCAGGCAUUCAUCUUUGACAAAAAGCCAGAAAGUCAGAAGCUGGUAUUUCAGUCCUCCCAUGAGGAAGAAGAGCCAUACUUUGCAAAGAGUGGCCAGCAGGAUGGGGACGAUUUUGGAUCACAGCGACCAAGAUCUAACACAGUGUCCGAGGGAACAAAGGUUGCAGACAGCAAAGUGCUACCGACAGUCUUCAAGUGGGAAGGAGGUGGAAAGCAGGUAUACAUCAGUGGAACAUUCACUGGAUGGAAGACAUUACCAAUGGUGAAAAGUCACGGGGAUUUUGUCACAAUAAUCGAUUUGCCAGAAGGAGAACACCAGUAUAAAUUUUUUGUCGACGGUGAAUGGAGGCACGAUCCUGGACUGAAAAUUGUUGACAAUGGUAUGGGCUCAAAGAACAAUUUAGUUUCUGUAAGAAAGUCCGACUUUGAAGUAUUUCAAGCUCUCGCAAAGGAUAGCGAGGGCGUUACUAGUAGUACGCAAACAGAGUAUGGUCAGGAGAUACCACCGCAUAAACCUUGGGAGAAGAUAACCGGCCCACCCAUCCUACCGCCGCACCUGCUGCAAGUUAUCCUUAACAAAGACACACCAUUAUCCUGCGAGCCUACUCUUCUACCUGAACCAAAUCACGUUAUGUUGAACCAUCUAUACGCCUUGAGCAUUAAGGACAGUGUAAUGGUCCUAUCAGCUACGCAUCGUUACCGCAAAAAAUAUGUCACAACUUUGCUUUACAAACCAAUUUAAAUGUCAAGCCAUUCCCGUGUUCGUUGGUGCUGUACAUUUUUUAACCAUCGCGUGAAUAACAUAACAAAUGCCCGAGUGACGCGACAUUGGUGCAUAAAAUUUUUACGAGCUUUUCUUCGUGGUAAGGUAGAUUAUAAUAAUUCAGACAAUUGGUUCGUCGCUACGUUUAUUAUAUCUCAGUCAUGUGUAUAAGAAUGUAAUUACUAUUUAUUAAAGCCAGAUAUUUUAUA